AUGAUGUUCUUCUACGAAAUCUUCAUCUCGCUUAAAAACUCCAUCUCCUACUACUUCGGCUUGGUGCAAGUGGAGCCCAUCCAGUGCUCACCCAGGAGGAAAGUUAGCUUGAAAAAGAGUUUGACAUCAACCAGGAAGCAAUACAUCAAUGUCGCCGUGACUGGGUCGGUAAAUUCUGGAAAGUCUACCCUGGUGGAUGCCAUGCGGGGCAUCGACGAGGAGGAGGAGGGAGCCGAGCCCAGAGCGGCUGGGGUGAGCUACAAGGGUUUGCCACAAUCCUACAUCUACCCGGGCAACAGCCGGAUCCUCCUGUGGGAUCUGCCGGGCAUCGAGGCCAGCGAGAUCAAGCAGCAUGCCUACGUGGAGAAGGUGGACCUGCGCUCCUACGACUUCUUCAUCCUCACCUCCAGCGGCCGGAUGGACGACGAGCUCCUUUACCUGGCCAAGGAGAUCUCCCGCAUGGGCAAGAGCUUCCUGUUCGCCCGCACCAAGAUCGACAUCUACGUGAGCGACACCCAGCAGCAGCACAACUUCAACCAGGGUGACCUGCUGCGGGAAAUCCGCAAGCACUUCUGCAAGAAACUGCAGGCCAUCGGCAUCCAUUUCCCGCAUGUUUUCCUCCUGUCGGCCCUGGAGCCCGACAAGUUUGACUUCCAGGACUUCAUCGAGGCCUUCAACAGCCAGUUCUGA